AUGUCUGACAUCAUCAAGAGACAAGUGCCGUUUCUUGCGCUGAACGGCAAGAACUACCAAACAUGGGCUUUGGACUGUGAAUUGCUCCUACAAGGCAUGCAAUUAUCGCACACCAUUACUGCACGCCAGAAUGAUGCUGCAGCACCGCCACCGCAUGAACAAGCACAGGCUGCAAUAUUUCUGAGGCACCACAUACACAAUGACUUGGAGCAGGAAUAUCUUGAAGUGAAAGAUCCUCUCACGUUGUGGACUGCACUCCAGGAACGUUUUGGUAAACAAAAAACGGUGAUCCAUCCUCAGGCUAGGGGUGAUUGGGCUCAGCUUCGGUUUCUUGACUAUAAAUUCGUGGAGGCCUAUAACACUGCACUUCACCGCAUCGUGGGAUAG